UGCAUUUAUUCCUUUGUAUUUUAUUGAGUAAAUGGCCAAGGAAUAAGAAAAUUUGAUUGGUGUGAGAGAGGGUGUGGAGGGAAAGAGAAGGGUGAAAAAAGGCUGUAAAAUGAUUUUUUGUGUUUUGUAUUUUGCUUUAUAUAAUUUUUUCUUUGACACUAUAUAUUUUUUUACAUUAUUUCUUUUAACAAAAUAAAAAAUAAGCCCAAUGAACUAACAAGACUAAAAGGCCAAGAAUAUAAAAACCUGUACUCUCUUUAUUUCAUUUAAAUUAUCUUUAUUUUAUAUAUAUAUUUACAUUUUUUUCUAUUUUUUUACUUGUCUAUACAUAUACACAAACAUUUUUAAUUUAAUUUUAACAAAUGACUGCAGGCAGCACGAUACGUAAACUAUCGCUGCAAGUCAAAGAGCGGUUAACCCUAAAACGGCGCAAACGCAGCAACAGCACCACCACAACCACAGCCGCAGAGGAAUACGAAAUAGCCCACCCGCAUUUCAACAACUCACUACCACCUCACGCACCCGCUGUGCGGACACGCAGUGUUGAUGAUGACUGUAUGCAAUGGGGAACAUUUGCACCAAACCGACCCGCACCACCCCCACCCGUACCUAAUAAAUCCAAAGCAGCACCGAAAAUAGAGUCCCCCACGGGGGUGAGUUUCCCGCGGUUAUCCGAUGACCGCCACCCUCAGCAACAGAAACAGCAACAAGCUGCUAAUGAGAAUGAUGAUAGGGAGGAAGAGGAGGAAGGGUUGGAUGAGAUUUUGUUUGCGACCAAUGCCCGCGUAGACGCAGAAACCAGGGCGACAGUCCGGGGAUGUAUAGACAGCACCGAUGUGUCCCAGCAUAUUCUUGCAGAUUUCGACAGUAUCGUUGCCAAAGCAUACCGCGACUUCACCCAGACUGCGCUCCAAAUCCUCACCAAAAGCCAUCACUCCAAAUCUAUCUCAGAAAUAGUCGCCACCUAUACUGCCGGCCAAUACACCUCGGGACGACCCCCACCCGAGCCACUAAGCGGCUCCAUGAUGGGCGCAGCUGCGGAUGAAGUCGGUGAAUUGGCCCUGGAGCUGCACCGUCGCGAUAUCAGCGAGGUGAAAUACAGCUUGGAUCAAUUGCGGAGGUACGCGGCUACAGGGCUAUGCAAAUACGUCACGAGCCAGGUGCUCUUGAGCACUGGGGUGGAGAACGACUUGGUGGAUAAGCUGGAGGAGGCUGCGGGUGCGUUGAGCUGCACGAUGGAUCAGAUUGAUAUUUUGCAAGGGCUAGAUGGUGCCGGAGCGGUAGAGAAGGAGGAUAUCAGAGCGCUGAGGGAAAAGGCCGCGGCACAUAGAAGGGCCGUCGAUCGGCUGAAGGCUGAGGGCAGGGAGGCUGGGGUUAUACGAGAGACCUUUGAGGAAGUUCUAUUGGCCAUCCAAGUAUUGUAA